GGGGUUGAAACUGGAUGAUCAUUGUGGUCCUUUUCAACCCAGACCAUUUUAUGAUUCUGUGAUUAAGGUGUUUUUAAUUCUAAAUGCAUCCCUUGGCAUUGACAGCCAAAUGCAACUGUGAAAUUAGACAAAGUGGGUGAUCUCCUGAGGUCGUGGUAGAGAGUUCAUUAGUAAUAAUAGGUGUCAGCCUGCUAGAGGAGUGCUGCUGUGUAUCUCUGAUCUCUCUCGUGGCUGAGAAAGGAAAGUGUUACAGGAUGCUGUCAGCUUGUAGGGAUUUGGCAAAAUUGCCGGUUACUGAAAUGAAUCUCAUCUCUGAGAAAAUACCUGCUGCCGGGCGGAUAUUUCUGGUGGAGAGCACUGUGUGUGAGGCCUCACGGAGGCUGCAGUGCCUGCAUGGAGCUGUCAGGGGAGGGACAGGUGGGGGCUGUUAAGUUGGUAAUCUCCUAACCCUUAAGCCAGAGACCAUGGGAUGACACCUUACCCAUGCAUGUAUUUUCACCAGCACGUGUGUGCAUGACUUACUGUGCUGUGCCCCUGUUCCAUGCUAGUUUGUGGUGCUGUGAAAUAGGUAAAGCUGAACUUCUGUUUGAAAUGUGCCCUGAAAGACAGCGCAGCCCCUGCACGCAUUGUUGGUGCAUAAUAGCACCAGAUCAGCAUGAGCAGGGCUGCUUCUGGAGAACGAUGCCGAGAACCAAAGAGAUGGAUUUUGCCUUCUGCAAAGAGUGCAGCUGUGAUUGUCUUGGAGUGACGCCUGAGGGGAGUGUAAUUGUGCAGAACUGCAGCACGUCAGAGCAGAAAUAAUGCUAUGCAGCCCAAUGGGCAGGAAUGCUGGCUGGGAGCUUGUGUGAGGACACAGAGCUCUGCUGGAGGAGAAAAGUGACAAAGAGCUGAGCAGGAGAGAGAGGAGCCCCGCUCCCUGGGCUGUGCCGGUGCAUCGCUGGCAGCGACGUGUGCACCUGUACAGCUGCUGCUGCCCAGCCACAGCACUGCCCUACGUGAGUUAUUUCUCUUGGGGAAGCACACAGCAGCCUGCCAGAGAUGUUCUCCUGUUUCGUUUGGCUCUCCCUCCCCUACUUCGUCAACACCUUCCCGACCUCAGGAAAGUUCCCUCUCAACAGAAGUCUCGAGGAGGUAUUGGAAAUCCCAAACAUCUCGGGGUUCUUUCCAUGGGAUAACGACACGUUGGCCGACUGGCAGAGCUUUGUGGGCAGGAGCCGGCACGGAGCAGACUCACAGCACGUGGCAGCCAAAGCUCUGCUCAUCGUGGCAUACUCCAUCAUCAUCUUCUUCUCUCUCUUUGGAAACGUCCUGGUGUGCCAUGUGGUCAUCAAGAACAAAAGGAUGCACUCGGCCACCAGCCUGUUCAUCGUCAACCUGGCUGUGGCCGACAUCAUGAUCACGCUUCUCAACACGCCUUUUACACUGGCUCGUUUUGUGAACAGCACAUGGAUAUUUGGGAAGGGGAUGUGCCAUGUCAGUAGGUUUGCACAGUACUGCUCGCUCCAUGUCUCUGCUCUGACCCUCACAGCCAUUGCCGUGGACAGGCACCAGGUCAUAAUGCACCCUCUGAAACCUCGCUUACCUAUGGCAAAAGGCGUUAUCUACAUCUCUGUCAUUUGGGUCAUGGCAGCUUGUUUUUCCCUCCCACAUGCUAUCUACCAAAAACUCUUUACUUUUGAAUACAGUGAGGAAGUCACUCGGUGCCUGUGCAUCCCAGACUUCCCUGAGCCAGCUGACCUCUUCUGGAAGUACCUUGACUUAACGACCUUCGUUUUGCUCUACGUCCUGCCCCUGUUGAUCAUAUCCGCUGCCUACAUGACGGUGGCCAAGAAACUCUGGCUGCGCAAUGUCAUUGGGGAUGUCACCACUGAGCAGUACUUCGCCCUUCGCAAAAAAAAUAGGAAGACUAUCAAGAUGUUGAUGCUCGUUGUCAUCCUUUUUGCUAUCUGCUGGUUUCCCUUGAACUGCUACGUCGUCCUGCUCUCCAGCCAAACCAUCCGCUCCAACAACGCCCUGUACUUCGCCUUUCACUGGCUUGCGAUGAGCAGCACCUGCUACAACCCCUUCAUCUACUGCUGGCUCAAUGACAGCUUCCGUGCAGAACUGAAGGCUUUGAUCAACAUCUGCAGAAAACCUUCUGGCCCUGCAGAACAGAGACUUCCCUCCACGGUCCCUCCCUACCGACUGGCGUGGCCUGAAAACAGCCACUUCAAGAGGCUGCAGGUCUCUCAUGUCCCUGCCUCAGCCUCCAGCAGCCUCUUAGGAAAGACAGACAUCUCUGUAGUUGAGCCCAUAGUAGCUGUGAGCUAAAUGGUGGCCCUGGGAGAUGGAUUUGGACCAUGCUUAGGUUUGGCUGCAUCUAGGCAGGUGGGAAGAUGUAGAGCCCUGGCCUAAGCCUAAUGCCAGCUCUUAUGGUUGCACUGAAUAGCCCAACUCCACAGCUGGUAGUGUGAAACUCUGAUGGUAAUGGCAUGGAGACUCCAAAGGGAAGAAAGCAAAGCUUGCCAGGAAUGAGCUCUCUUUUCGUCUUGGUUAAGCUGACUUUGGGUCUACUGGCCAGGAGGGGUUCUCUGCAUGUGUCUCUAUUGUUUGCAUGGUCAAGUCUCGGGCCAUUUGUUUGCUUUGCUGAUAUUUAAACAAGCAGCAGUCUGAUGACAUUAAGCCUCCCUCCCUUUAGUCUCUCGGUAGCAGCACACAGACGGUAGAGACAUAGAGGCAGAGGUUGCUGGUUGGAGUUUUUUUCUCCCUUAUGUGAAAAUAUCUUCAGAAAGGUGAGGAAUAAUAAACAGCCAUUGGAAAUUAAA